UCUAUUUCCUGGUUGCUGGCAAUCAUGUGCACCGUCAACAUGGCGGGGAGAAAAUGGCUCGAAGAAUUGAAAUCGUGGCAAAGGGGCAAAAUGCCCUGCAUGCUGAUGGCGUGCUUUACGGUCACCAUGGCCCUGUUUGCUAAUCCGGUUGUUGGUGACAGCGUGCAGACUGUCGCCGACAGCAACUGGACGGUUAUUCUGCAGGGGCAGUGGAUGCUGGUAUUUUAUGCGCCCUGGUGUCCGGCCUGCCAGCAGAUAAAGGCGGAUUGGGAGGAGUUUGGCAAACGCAGCGAAGCUCUGGGCAUCUCCGUGGGCAAGGUGGACGUCACGCAGCAGCCAGGGCUGAGUGGGCGGUUCCUGGUAACUACGCUUCCAACAAUAUUUCAUGCAAACGACGGAAGUUUUCGCAGAUACUUGUCAUCACGUGCAGUGGAGGAUUUCCAGAGCUACGUUGUCGACAAGAAGUGGGAAGCGGUUGAACCCGUGCCCGAAUGGAAAUCACCUUCCUCUUUUGUCAUGACAAUGAUGUCUGGCCUUUUCCGCCUGUCUGUGUGGAUCAGGCAAAUCCACAGUUACCUGACCGAGACGCUUGGUAUUCCUGUUUGGGGUUCCUAUCUCAUUUUUGCUCUUGUCACCUUGGUCACUGGACUGCUUCUCGGCCUGAUCCUGGUUUUGAUCGCAGACUGCAUUUGCCCGUCAAGGCCGCGGCGCAGAGACAGGAAAUCAGAGGUAGAGGUGAAAGAGGAUGGAUCUGAAGGCGACAUUGAAGAUACUCUUACAGAGGAAAGGCAGUUGUCGGACGCGGAAAACGAGAGCGCAAAGUUAUCAGGAGAGGAGGAGUCUACGGGAGAGGAGGUCUUGCCUUCUGAGGGAGAAGCCGGAGCCGCCGACAUGCAGAUGCCAGAGGGGGCGUCGGAGAGCAUGGUGAGGAAGAGGAAACCACAAGGGGCGGAGCCAAACGAAACCUAAAUACUUAAGCGUCUGCAUUUCUCCAAUCAGAAGUAUAAAGCCUAGAGCUACAAAGUAAAGGACUCAAGAAACCUUAUACUGCAGAAAAAGUGUCCAAUUCAUACAGUGAGUUUAUAGGCCACACCCACUACUCGGUACAUGAUUCUUGUCCAUGAAAUAAUUCAUCUCUGUCUUCUCUCCCCAGCAUUAAAAAAAAAACUCAUGACAUCAAAAGCAUGCAUUAUAAAAAUACUACUGUAUUACUGAAAAGUAACUGUACUUUUGGCUUAAAAUCCUAUAAUCAUUUCAUUUUAAAUGGCGUUUGAAUGGUCUAACAAAACAGGUAUUGUGCUGCUUUUUUAAUGCCAGGGCACAAAGGAAACCAGAGCUCAGAUGCAAAUGAAUAAAUCUUGGCUUGAAGGCAGGAUUAAACAGCCUGUGUUCCUUUUUGCUAUGGAUUGCUUAAAUGUCAUUAAGAAGCAGUGAGAUCUUGAUGUUCUCUGGGAAUCAGCAACUGCUAUUCCUUUACUAAGCUCAACCUUCCUCUCUCCCGACAAGAACAUAACCUUUCAUACAGAAUGAGUCUCAAUGUAACCGUUAGUAAGUAUCAAUAUAUAUAUUCCCGGUAAACUAUUGCCAAUAUGAAUGCCACUGUGCAUUAAGUCAAUGCAAUUGGGUUUCUUCAAUACCAUAAUGGUCACAGUUGAUUGUAACUACAGUAUGUGAUUGUUGUUAUUUCAUUUUUUUUGAGGAAAGUGAUGUACAUCCUGUCUAUGCCAGUUCCAUUUACAUCAGCCCAUGACAAAUGCUGUACUAUAUAAUUCAGGGGUGGGGAACCUCAUCCAUCGAGGGCCGGUGUGGGUGCGGGUUUUUGGGAUGGUCUCUCAAUCAGCCAGGGACAGUGGGCCUCCAGGAUUGGAACCACUGCUUUAUUAUUGGCUGAUUGAGAGGCCGUCCCAAGAACCUGCACCCACAGUGGUUCUCCAUGGAUCAAGUCCCCCACCCCUAGUAUAGUUUAGGUUCUUUAUUGAAAUGAACGAGACAAUUUAUCAUAUUCAUCAUUCUUCAGCAAAAUAUGAGAAUCAUUUCCUAAAUAACUGGCCGACCAAUGGAAAACUUGCUGUAGAGUCUGUCAGGAGCUUCCUGGAAUGAGUACUGAGUACUGAGUACUCUUACAUUUGCCUUGCUCGCUGUUAAUACUAUAAUAUUCAAUUUGCUGCAGACGGCCCAGUACGAGGUCAACAAAAAGUGCCGUGUACCAGCUACUUUAGCCUAGCAUCUGCUGAAUAUUACCGGGGUAACAGUCAGCUGUGUAACAGACCAGCAUCCCGUGUAGUAAAAAUAACCAUUUGUCCGUAAGAGGUGAACUUCCAUCAGGGUUGAAUCACGGCGUGACAUUAUUGACCUUAAAGAGUCCCGACUGGCGCCAUCUGUUUGGAGCCUGUUAGCAUCGUGAGUGUUUUCUGUGCGUGAGAAGGAAGAGAGGAUGAAUAAAAGUGUACCUUUAUGAAACAAUGUGUUUUAGUGACGAUGGUGAGAGUUUGGUUGUGGCAAGUUCAGUUAUGCUUUAUUUUUAUUUUUCAUAUGAGAAAAGGGCUGAGAUCUGGGUAACAUGGCCUUAAAUUUCUAAUUUAUUGCAUUUUAAGUUGGUGAAUUAAUAUUUUCCAAGUUAAGUUUGCUUGCGUGUUUCUUUUACUUGAUUAUAUGGUGUUAAUUUACAUUUCAUUUAUCCUAUUUUUGUAUGAGACCUAUUGUAACGGUAUUUUGGGAGAGUAUUACUUAUGUUUAAGGUGAAGUGAAACUGUGAGAAACAGCAGUAAGGAGGGAAAGUAUGACACAAGUUUCAUGAGUAAACUAAAUCAUGUAAUGUCAGUAAGUUAAAUGUGUGCCCUGUGAUGGGUUUGUGCCCCAUCCUGGGUUAUUCCCUGCCUUGUUCCCAUAGCUUCCAGGAUAGGCCCUGGACUCCCACAAUCCUGUAUAGCAGUUUUUCCCAGUCUGGUCCUUGGGGACUGAUAAACAAUCUAAGUUUCUGCUCCCUUUUGCACCCUCCAGGGAGCAAAAAUGUAGACAGUCUAGGAGGGAGCGAAAACAUGGACAGUCUGAGGGUCCCCAAGGACCGGGUUAGAAAACACUGCUGUAUAGGACAAGCUGUAUAGAAGAAUGAAUCAAAUUUUUCUCGUCUUGCCGGAGAAUACUGUCACUUUGGCUGGACGAGCUAGUUACUUUUAAGAUCUGUGUGUAUUUUUCUAUUCGUCCUUCAUGUUAAACCCCUCUGAUUUUAGCAUUCUGUUUCUUCGACGAGUGUCUUCUGGAAGAUUCUGUGGGAGUAUGUUGCUUGUGAUCCUCAUUCUUUGCCAGCUGCCUUAACACACAAUACAUGUAUCUUGUGCUGCAAAUUCUCCAUGCCAUAGUAACAUUUGUUCUGUACAGGUAGGAUGGGAAAAAAAAAGAUUUGUAUUUAAAGUAUGUGUAGCUAGGGAUUAUCUUGAAUUCAAUGCUUUCUGACUUUAAUUAAAAUAUUUUUUAAACACUGUAGUAUUAUAAAAUAAAUUGUAAUUCUUUAAGCCAUAUCAUAUAUGUGAAUUAAUUUUUUUUUUCUUUCCACAGCAAUAAUUGUUUACGUAAUAAUUGUUACUGUAUUUAUGUAAAUUAUUUGACUUCUGAGUCAGGCAAUUUUUGUUAGAAGAAAAAACAUCAUUCCAAAGCAAAUCUACUCAUCCAGGUACAUCUAGUGGUAUUUCCAUGACUUGUACACACAUUGAGGUGUCAUUUGUAUACAUUAUCCAGAAAAUAAAAAGCAAUGCAUCUCCGCAGCA